AUGUUCGGGAUUCAAGACACUUUAGGAAGAGGACCAGCUCUGAAAGAGAAAUCCCUGGGCGCCGAGAUGGAGUCGGUCAGAUCCUGGGUGAGGAACGUCGGGGUGGUGGACGCCAACGUAGCGGCACAGAGUGGGGUAGCGCUGUCCCGGGCGCACUUCGAGAAGCAGCCGCCUUCCAAUUUACGGAAAUCCAAUUUCUUCCAUUUUGUCCUGGCGCUGUACGACCGGCAAGGCCAGCCCGUGGAGAUCGAGAGGACGGCGUUCGUGGACUUUGUCGAGAAUGACAAAGAACAAGGCAACGAAAAGACCAACAACGGGACCCACUACAAACUCCAGCUACUCUACAGCAACGGUGUUCGGACAGAGCAAGAUCUCUUCGUGAGACUCAUUGAUUCAGUCACCAAACAGCCCAUCGCCUACGAGGGCCAGAACAAGAACCCAGAGAUGUGCCGCGUCCUGCUCACCCACGAGGUCAUGUGCAGUCGGUGCUGUGAAAAGAAGAGUUGUGGAAACAGAAACGAGACUCCUUCAGACCCAGUCAUCAUUGACAGAUUCUUUUUAAAAUUUUUUCUCAAGUGCAAUCAGAAUUGUUUGAAAACAGCAGGAAACCCAAGAGAUAUGCGACGUUUUCAGGUUGUGCUGUCCACCACGGUGAACGUGGAUGGACACGUGUUGGCUGUUUCUGACAACAUGUUUGUUCACAACAAUUCUAAACACGGGAGGCGAGCGAGAAGACUCGAUCCAUCUGAAGGUAAUGGCCAGGCGUCUUCUGUCUCCUCAGCCACACCGUGCAUCAAAGCCAUCAGCCCAAGUGAAGGGUGGACUACAGGAGGAGCCAUGGUCAUCAUUAUAGGAGAUAACUUCUUUGACGGCCUUCAGGUUGUGUUUGGGACCAUGCUCGUGUGGAGUGAGCUGAUAACUCCUCAUGCUAUCCGAGUGCAGACUCCCCCACGACACAUCCCUGGUGUGGUGGAAGUGACAUUAUCCUAUAAGUCCAAGCAGUUCUGCAAAGGGGCUCCUGGAAGGUUUAUCUAUACAGCAUUGAAUGAGCCCACCAUAGAUUAUGGCUUCCAGAGACUCCAGAAAGUAAUUCCACGGCACCCUGGUGACCCUGAGAGAUUAGCAAAGGAAAUGCUGUUGAAAAGAGCUGCAGAUCUAGUGGAAGCCCUCUAUGGAACACCCCACAAUAACCAGGACAUAAUCCUGAAGCGAGCCGCCGACAUUGCUGAAGCUCUCUACAGUGUCCCCAGAAACCCCAGCCAGAUACCCACUUUGUCCAGCUCCCCAGCUCACAGUGGCAUGAUGGGAAUCAACUCCUAUGGUAGCCAGCUAGGGGUCAGCAUCUCGGAGUCAACACAAGGGAACAAUCAAGGCUACAUCCGCAACACCAGCAGCAUCUCUCCACGUGGCUACUCCUCCAGCUCAACACCUCAACAGUCUAAUUACAGUACCUCCAGCAACAGCAUGAAUGGGUACAGCAAUGUCCCCAUGUCUAAUCUGGGGGUCCCAGGGUCACCAGGGUUCAUCAACGGCUCGCCCACAGGAUCUCCCUAUGGAAUCAUGUCUUCAAGUCCAACUGUCGGCUCUUCCAGCACCUCCUCCAUCCUCCCAUUCUCCUCCUCAGUCUUCCCUGCUGUCAAACAGAAGAGCGCCUUUGCUCCUGUCAUCAGACCCCAGGGCUCCCCUUCUCCAGCUUGCUCUAGUGGCAAUGGCAAUGGAUUUAGAGCCAUGACUGGUCUUGUCGUCCCCCCAAUGUAAAGAGGAUGAAGAGUUGCUUUUCCCCAGCACAAAACUACUUAUUCUGAUGGACCACUAAUAAGGAAAGCACUACAAGCUCUUUGGGGAACCCCAGGCCCCUAAAGGAACACUAUAUAUGGAUCUGGAUAUGCAAGGAGCCUGCAUCUUCACUCGGUCUCUCAUUUCUCCUGUAGUUGCGACCAAGCUACACAAACUGCAGUCCUGUUUUGGA